AUGUCGUUCGGCAAGCUCUACAGCUACGCGGGUAACCCGCGUACCACGUCCCUCCUGGCCGUCGCCAAGGAGAACGGCCUCGACAUCGAGUUCGUCGACACUGAGCCUGCUAAGGGUGUGUCCGCCGACUACCUGAAGCUCAACAAGCUUGGAAAGGUCCCUACCUUUGAGGGUGCCGACGGCUUCGUGCUCUCCGAGUGCAUCGCCAUCGCUGUCUACCUGGCCUCGCAGAACGAGAAGACGAGCCUCCUUGGAAAGACCAAGCAGGACUACGCCACCAUCCUGCGAUGGAUGUCCUUUGCCAACACUGAGGUCCUCUCCCCCCUUGGUGGCUGGUUCCGCCCCAUUCUCGGCCGCGACCCCUAUAACAAGAAGAACGUCGAGGACUCACAGAAGGCUGCCCUCAAGGCUGUCCAUGUCCUCGAGGAGCACCUCUUCACCCACACCUACCUCGUCGGCGAGCGCCUGACUCUUGCCGAUCUCUUCGCCGCCAGCAUCAUCGCCCGUGGCUUCCAGUACUUUUUCGACAAGAAGUGGCGCGAUGAGAACCCCAACGUUACUCGUUGGUACGAGACCGUCUACAACCAGACCAGCUACUCGGCUGUUGCUGGCAAGCUCGAGUUCAUCACCGAGGCGUUGAAGAACGUCGCACCCAAGAAGGAGGGUGGUGAGAAGAAGAAGGAGCAGCCCAAGGCCGCCGCCAAGCCCAAGGCAGCGGAGCCUGAGGAGGAUGACGAGCCCGCGCCGGCCCCCAAGCCCAAGCACCCGCUCGAGUCCCUUCCCCGCGCCACAUUCGUUUUGGACGACUGGAAGCGGAAAUACUCCAACGAGGAGACCCGCGAGGUUGCCCUUCCCUGGUUCUGGGAGAAUGCCAACUUCGAGGAGUACUCGAUCUACAAGGUUGACUACAAGUACAACGACGAGUUGACCCUCACCUUCAUGACUGCCAACCUGAUUGGCGGUUUCUUUGCUCGUCUCGAGGGCAGCCGCAAGUACAUCUUUGGUGCUUGCUCGGUAUACGGCGAGGCCAACAACUCGAUCAUCAAGGGUGCUUUCAUCGUUCGCGGCCAGGAGGCUCUCCCCGCUUUCGACGUCGCCCCCGACUAUGAGAGCUACGAGUUCACCAAGCUCGACCCAAGCAAGCCCGAGGACAAGGAAUUUGUCAACGACCAGUGGUCAUGGGACAAGCCCAUCACGGUCGACGGCAAGACAUACGAGUGGGCCGACGGUAAGGGCUCUGGGGGCGGACCAAGCGAAGAUAAUGUUACUGGAUUUCUUGUGCGCUCUACGGCUACAAAGUGGUCUAAGAACUCCGUUAUCGCCGUAGAUGCAGGCUCCCAUCUCGCAGCAAUCACCCGCAUAUUGGCACAGGACUUUCCGCUCGUCUCCAAUCCAGAUCCACCGGUCCCGACUCCACGGAACGGCAGCGGUAGUGGCGAUAGUAAGGAAACCGACGCUCCAUCGCCAGGCACCGCCCCACUCUCCGACGAUGAGUCUGGCGCCGAGACACCAAUUUCGGAACGGGAGGUGCCCGUCACUUUGACGACAUUGCAGAGGGGAGCUUUUGCCGGAUUGCCAUUUCCCCAUGCGAGUGCAAGAGCAAACGCGUUGCACGUAGUAAGGGAGCAUAUCUCGACGUAUCUAAUCACGCACCCGCAUCUAGAUCACGUAUCGGGCUUCGUUAUCAACACAGCAGCGUUCCAUAAUACAUCACGGCCGAAGCGGCUGGCAGCGCUGCCGUUCACAGUCAACGCGAUCAAGACCCAUAUCUUCAACAAUGUCAUUUGGCCGAACCUAACAGACGAGGACGGAGGUGUAGGUCUGGUGACAUUCCAGCGACUUGCCGAGGGCGGUAACAUUGCUCUAGGCGAAGGAAGUGGUAGAGGUUUCAUUGAGGUCUGCGACGGCCUUGGCGUGAAAGGGUUCAAGGUCAGUCAUGGGCACUGCAUGCGAGGACCGGGCCAUGUACAUCGUGGAUCGAACGCAAAUCUACCAGAAACACCGGGCAUACAACAUACGGCUCCGGCUCAACACCUACCAGAUGGGCGCGAAGGCCGCUCGUUGAGCUUUUCUCUUCCUACACAGAGCGCACCUGGUACUCCGGGCUUCAGCGCGCCAGAGCAAGGACGAAGAGCCAGUGGAGUUGCGGGAUUGUCAAACGAUCAUUGUGUGAUUGACUCUACGGCAUACUUCAUUCGCGCCGACUCUACAUCCACCACGCCAAAAAGAGAAGUCCUCAUAUUCGGUGACGUCGAACCAGACUCUUUAUCCCUUUCACCCCGCACAGCACUCAUCUGGGCCGAAGCAGCACCCAAGAUCGCCGCCGGCAUUCUAAGAGGUAUCUUCAUCGAAGUCAGCUACACCAAUGCCCAAGCCGACGCAGUCCUAUUCGGCCACCUCGCACCGCGACAUCUCCUCACCGAACUAAAGAACCUCGCCGAAAUGGUCAAAGAAUCCAAACGCGAGCACGAACGAGAAAAAGAAGAAGUGCGAAAAGGCAGGAAACGAAAGCGUGCAAGUAACACCCUCCUUCUCGACGGGCCCACAUCCGCAGAUCAUCGGAAAGCCAAACCUCUUCACCUCGGCGUAGGCAGGACCAUCGACAGCCCCCUCAUGGGCACAAAUCCACACACCGACGACGAGCAAAUGACAGACUAUGCCCCCUCGCGCGACGCAACCGGUACCCACACGCCUAACCCACACACCCUGCGCGUAUCCCACCCCUCUGCCCCCGCAGCGCUCAAUCUGUCCUCCGUGUCCACCGAGCACAGUCGCGCGUUACUAGCGGCUGCUUUUGACUCGCCGCUCAAGGGCGUCAAGGUCGUCGUGAUCCAUGUCAAAGACUCUUUUGCCGAUGGGCUGCUCAUGGGCGACCAGAUCCUAAGGGAACUGCAGGAAGGGGAGGAGGAGCUUAAGAAGCAGGGGCGCGGGCUGGGGUGUGUGUUUGAAGUCAGUCGGAGUGGGGAGAGCUAUUGGUUCUGA